AUGGCCAAAACACAAAAGAAUAAAGCCACAUCGUUUCACUUGGGUCAACUGAAAGCUAAGCUUGCGAAGCUAAAGCGUGAACUGCUCACCCCCAGCGGCGGAGGUGGUGGAGGCGGAGCUGGUUUCGAUGUUGCGCGUACGGGUGUUGCCAGUGUUGGCUUCAUUGGAUUCCCAUCUGUGGGUAAGAGUACGCUCAUGAGCAAGCUGACCGGCCAACAUUCCGAGGCCGCCGCAUACGAAUUCACAACUCUUACCACUGUUCCCGGCCAGGUCCUAUAUAACGGGGCAAAGAUCCAGAUGCUUGAUCUUCCCGGCAUCAUCCAAGGUGCCAAGGACGGCAAAGGUCGAGGAAGACAGGUCAUUGCCGUUGCCAAAACAUGCCAUCUUAUCUUCAUCGUUCUAGACGUGAACAAGCCCUUGACCGACAAGAAAGUCAUUGAGAACGAGCUGGAAGGUUUCGGCAUAAGGAUCAACAAGGAGCCUCCGAACAUUAUCUUCAAGAAGAAAGAUAAGGGUGGAAUUGCCAUCACCAACACAGUACCCCUGACCCAUAUCGAUCACAGCGAGAUCAAAGCCGUUAUGAACGAAUACAAAAUCUCUUCGGCGGAUAUAGCUAUCCGCUGCGAUGCCACGAUCGACGACUUGAUUGACGUCCUUGAGGCUCGAAGUCGCUCUUAUAUACCUGUGAUUUACGCUUUGAAUAAGAUUGAUGCUAUUUCAAUCGAGGAGUUGGAUCUACUAUACCGUAUCCCCAACGCCUGCCCCAUCAGCUCAGAGCGAGGGUGGAAUAUAGAUGAAUUACUCGAGCUGAUGUGGGAUAAACUCAACCUGAGAAGGGUCUAUACCAAGCCCAAGGGCAAGAAUCCAGAUUAUAACGAGCCAGUAGUCUUGAGAAGUACUGCUUGUACGGUUGAAGAUUUCUGCAAUUCCAUCCACAAAUCUAUCGUUGAAUCGUUUAAACACGCUAUCGUUUACGGUCGUUCCGUCAAACAUCAACCGCAACGAGUCGGAUUAAGCCACGAACUCGCAGACGAAGACAUAAUAACAAUCGUCAAACGGUAA